AUGCCAGGCUCCAACAAGCCAGCCGGUCUCAACGCCGCUAGAAAGCUCAGGACGUCCAGGCGGGACAACCGAUGGGCCGACAAAAACUACAAGAAGCGAGCUCUUGGUAAAUUCUACAAGACCUCUCCCACUGGAGGUAGUUCUCACGCCAAGGGAAUCGUUCUGGAGAAGGUCGGUGUUGAGGCCAAGCAACCCAACUCUGCCAUCCGAAAGUGUGUCCGUGUUCAGCUCAUUAAGAACGGAAAGAAGGUCACUGCUUUCGUCCCCAACGACGGUUGCUUGAACUUUACCGAUGAGAACGACGAGGUUUUGAUUUCUGGAUUCGGUCGACGUGGAAAGGCAAAGGGAGAUAUUCCAGGUGUCCGAUUCAAGGUCGUCAAGGUUGCUGGUGUGGGUCUCUUGGCUCUCUGGAAGGAGAAGAAGGAGAAGCCCCGAUCAUAA